AUGCUGGUUCAGUACUUUUUCUUGCUGAGAAAAUGCAGAACUCAUGCAGAUACCCUGGGGCGGAAAAAGCGCGUUUCUCUCAUUUCGUGGGAAGGAGCCUCUCCGGAGCCCAGGCUCUCGGCGCCCCGCGGCUCUCAGGCAGGAUCCAGCGGCGGGGCCAUGCCCGCCGCCAACUGCUCGGCGCCCAGCGCGGCCGUGGAGCUGACCGUGGGCGCGCUGCUCCUGCUGGAGUGUGCGCUGGGCCUCCUGGGCAACGCCGUGGCGCUGUGGACCUUCUGCUUCCGCCUGAAGGUGUGGAAGCCCUACGCCGUCUACCUGCUCAACCUGGCCGCCGCCGACCUCCUGCGGACCUUCUGCCAGCCCUUCCACGCCGCCUUCUACCUGAGACGCAAGACCUGGCCCUGGGGACGCGCGUCGUGCCAAACCCUGCUCUUCCUGCGCGUCCUCAGCCGCGGGGCGGGCGUCGCCUUCCUCGCGGCCGUGGCUCUGGACCGCUACUUCCGCGUGGUCCACCCUCGGCUGAAGGUCAACCUCCUGUCCCCGCGGGCGGCCUGGGGGGUGUCGGGCUUCGUGUGGCUGCUGCUGCUCGGCCUCACCCUCCUGUUCGCCUCGGAGGCCGCGUGCCCCGGGCCGGAGCCCCAGGGAGGCGCGUCCUUGAGGCCGCUCUGGCAGGAAGUCCUGCAGUUUAUCCUCCCCUUCGGCCUCAUCCUGUUCUGCAACGCCGGGGUCAUCAGGACCCUCCGGAGGCGCCUGCGAGAGCCGGGCAGACAGCCCAAGCUGCGGCGGGCCCGGGCGCUGGUGGCGGUGGUCGUGGUCCUGUUCGCACUGUGCUUCCUGCCCAGCUUCCUGGCCCGCACCCUGGCGGCCGUCUUCCGCAGCGCGGGCAGCUGCAGGGUCCUGGGAGCGACGGUGCACGUGUCUGACGUGGCCAACGGCCUCAGCUACCUGCAGAGCGUGCUGAACCCGGGGCUGUACUGCUUCUCCAACCCCGCCUUCAGAUGCUCCUACCGCAAGGUCUUCAACACCCUCAGAGGCCGCGGCAGGGAAACCGAGGCCCCGGCGGACAUCAGAGACUCCUACUCCUGA